UCGUAUGCAAUUUUCCUCUUCAAAUUCCAUUCUCCAAAAAUAAACCAAGAAUUUUGAUUUUAUUCUUCUCCGAGGUGGAAUGAAGGGCGGUUCGUCGGAGACCAGAUUCGUGCAAGAAUUGCUUCUUUACGCGGCGAGCGCAGCUCUGAGCUGUUUGGUGCUCUUCAUGGGGCUUCGGAGUUUGGACCCUAAUCGCGACGCUGCCAAGAAAGCUAUGGACCAUAAAAAGGAAAUUGCCAGGCGUCUAGGGCGCCCUCUCAUUGAAACCAAUUCCUACGAGGAUGUAAUAGCCUGUGAUGUUGUGAACCCCGAUGAUAUCGACGUCACUUUUGACUCUGUUGGAGGAUUGGAUUCUAUUAAGGAAGCAUUAAAUGAAUUAGUUAUUCUUCCCUUAAGAAGACCCGACCUUUUUUCUCAUGGGAAGCUUCUUUCUCCUCAAAAAGGUGUUUUGCUAUAUGGACCGCCUGGUACUGGGAAGACAAUGCUCGCCAAAGCAAUUGCAAAAGAAUCAGGAGCUGUUUUCAUUAAUGUGAGAAUAUCGAACUUGAUGAGCAAAUGGUUUGGGGAUGCGCAAAAACUGGUGACUGCUAUAUUCACCUUGGCAUACAAAAUUCAGCCAGCUAUUAUAUUCAUUGACGAAGUGGAUAGUUUUUUGGGUCAGCGCAAGAGUUCAGACCAUGAAGCUUUAAUUAAUAUGAAGACUGAAUUUAUGGCUUUGUGGGAUGGGUUCACCACGGACCAACAUGCUCAGGUGAUGGUUCUUGCUGCGACCAAUCGUCCAUCCGAACUUGAUGAAGCAAUUCUUAGGCGCUUUCCACAGUCAUUCGAAGUUGGGAGACCUAAUCUUAAGGAGAGAGUUGCAGUAUUGAAGGUGAUAUUGAAGGAUGAGAAUGUUGAAGAUGGUAUCGAUUAUGAUCACAUCGCCAGUCUCUGUGAUGGAUGCACAGGUUCGGAUCUUCUUGAGCUUUGCAAAAAGGCUGCCUACUAUCCAAUUAGGGACCUACUCAAUGACGAGAAAAAUGGAAAUUCUUCUAGGGAUCCAAGGCCAUUGUCCCAGCUGGAUUUGGAGAGUGUUCUAGCUACCACAACAAGAACAACCGUUGCAGCAAGCGAAUUCAGCAUGAUAAGCCCACAAUCAUCAGGAUGGCUGUGGCAGAGAGGAUCCGGUGACUAUCAGGAUUAGUUGAGCGCCAGAAAUGAGUUAUCUUUGCGCCAUCAGGCAGGUUUUGCCUCCGUAACCCCUAACCGGCUAGAGUCGAGCAUUUUAAGGAAAUUUGCCAGUUUCCCAUGGCAUGUGGUGUGUAUUGUGCAGUGGCGGAGUAGGGAACUGGCUUAUUGUGGUUGGGCCGGUUGUUCACCGGAGACUGCUUUACCAUUUUAUUCCAAUUUGUACUAACACUCCAAUUAUUUUGUGAGAUAAAAUGUUAAUUUUGUGGGAAUGUUAAUACUUUCCUCUUUCAUUCUUUUCUUUAUUAAUCCACCAAAUUAUUUUUUUGCUGAUUU